GUUUCUCAAAAUAAUUUAUGUAUGCGCAUGGCCAUAACGUCACUUUUUAACUGCACGGGACAGCUGAGUGAACAGUUUGUAAGAUUAACCAAGAAAUUAAAGGUGUGACAGAAUGGCAGACAACGAUCUGUUAGGAGAUUUCCAGUCAGAAAAUAACUACCACCAAGAGGAUUUCGAGAAAGUGGAGAAAAUACCAGAGCAAGAUGAAGAAAUUUCAUCGAGUUAUGUCGGUGAGGAGGCAGAGGCCGAUCGUUAUGAUCCCGGGCCCGUCAAUACUGAUCCAGUUGAUAAUUUUAGUGAUUUAGUUAACCUUGGUUCUACUGGUCAGUCUGCAUUUGCUACCGCCAAUGACCCCUUUUCUUAUCAGCCCCAAGAACCUACAGCACCCCCUAAAGAAGUAGAUCAACUUAUGUCUGCAUUUGAAAACGAGAACACUGAAAGUGAAACGAAAAAAGAACCCCAACAAGAAGUGCCCAAGCUUCCCAAGACAGAAUCAGUAAAGCAAAGCACAAGUCCACCUGCAGAAACUGCAUCAUGGUUAAAAAAUGUAGAUCCAAGAGACGAUGAAGAAGACAUUUAUUUUGCCUCCGACCAUAAAGUUACGACUAUUGAGGAGGAACCUGAGCAUAAAGUUUUAUUGGAACUAAUCUAUUGGAGAGAUUUAAAGAAGACCGGGAUAGUGUUUGGAUCCAUGUUAUUUAUUUUGCUGUCUCUGGCUAUAUUCUCAGUGCUCAGUGUGUUAGCUUACCUGUCACUAGCUGUCCUGUCAGUCACAUUAAGUUUUAGGAUUUAUAAGAAUGUAUUGGCGGCGGUGCAGAAAUCAGGAGAUGCUCAUCCAUUCAAAGCCAUGUUGGAUCUGAAUAUUGAUUUACCUGAGGAUAAAGCACAAAUGGCUCUGAAGAACAUCUGUAAACAUAUUAACUGUACUGUUAGAGAGCUCAGACGAUUGUUCCUUAUUGAGGAUCUCGUAGAUUCAAUGAAGUUUGCACUGCUGUUAUGGGUUUUGACUUACAUUGGAUCUUGGUUUAAUGGAAUGACUCUCAUCAUUAUGGGUUUGGUAGCUAUAUUUACUUUACCUAAAGUCUAUGAAACAUACAAGGUACAAAUAGAUAAUUAUGUGUCAAUGGCUUGUGACCAAGUCUGUAAAGUUAAAGCUCAAGUCGUAGCUAAGUUACCUUUCCUGAAAAAGAAAGAAAAAGCACAGUAAAGCCAUGAAGAAUAAUUAGUAGACAAGAAAUACACCAUAUAUAUAAAAAAAAGAUGACUGUGUCCUCUGAUUGUGUAUAAACUGAGAGCCAGAAAGUGACAUAUUUAUUUUACAUCACGCUUUGUACCAGUAUUAGUCAUUGUAUCUUAAAUGAUUGAAAUGUUUUUUCGGACUGCAGGACACAUAAUAUUCCAUCUUGAAAGAAUUUUUUGCUAUCAGCUGACGUAAAUAUGCAAAAAAAAUGUUUGAAUUUAAAAUUUAAAAACAAAAAAAAUACUUUGAGAGGAGUAUUGUAGAAUUUUAAAAAAUUUCAUAGUACAUUUUUUGUAAGCUUCAUUAUAAAGUAAAAUGUGUUUUGUGUGUUGUACUUAUUUAUUCAUUGUCCUAAAUGUUGAUCAUAAUUCUUAAAAAUUACAUUGUAAAAUAUUUUUUCUUUCCUGUCGUGUGAUUUUUUUCUGUAUAAAAGUUUUUAGUCUAUAUGUUUCCAUACAAUUAGAAAUACAUGUAAAACACCACAACCUCAGAAAAUUAUUCUUCACAUCCACAUGCAGUUAUUUGUAGGUAAAAACUCUUAUUUUGUAGCAUAAUGUCUAAAAAUUAAGACAAAUUUGCUCUGUUUAAAAAUUACAACUGUCAAUUUGAAUGAAUCACUAUGGAAUUCGAAAAUAAAUAAAAGUAUAUACAACAGGGUUAUAAAUCAAAAGUGCUAUUUACCAUAUUCACAAACAGUACCACCAGAAGCAGUUUUUGAUGGAUAUACUUUUUCAUAUUACAAUUUUAUUUACAAAAACUUUUAAGAAAUAACAUCAUUUAUAAAAUGCUAUUUUAAUUACUGGUAAAAAAAAAAUGAAAUGAAAGGGAAAAAAAGUCAUUUUUUUCUUUUUACCAAAUACCUGUAAUCACAUGCCAUGCUACCAAUUCGUGUGUUUUUUUAAUUAACAAGUUUGAACAGUAAUAUCUUGCUGUAUUAUAUCCCUUAUGACACAUUUACAAAGGUACAUGUAGUAAAAUACCAUAAAAGCCAUGAUAUUGAAAGUAAGUUUGCUAUUAUUGCAUGAAUGUAUUUGAUACAAACAUAAACCAAAAAAAUCUGAAGGGAUUUAAUAACAAGAUGUUCUGUUAAUUAUUUGUUAAUAUAUAGCCAUAUGAACAUAAAUACUGUACCACAGCAUAAUUAUUUAAGGAAGACCUGUUCAUAUGAAAAUAUUUGAAUAAUUUAUUUUAGACUUUCAAAUGCUUGAAAGACUUCAUAGCUUAUAGCAAGUGGUGUAGAAUUUUGUGGGUAUACAAUAGAUGUUAUAUAAGCUAAAUAUGAGAAAAUAAAUUUGGCAAGUUUACACUUAGGAAGAGUGAAAAUUUAUGAAGACUGCUACUUGAAAUAUCCCUAGAUUUUUCAAGUAUAUCAUAAAGUGCUUCAUAAAGUGCUGUAGAAUAGAUAUGGAAUGGAACACCUUGUCUUUAUAUAAUUACUAAGUAAUAUAUGAAAUUAGACCUCACAUUCGUAGCAAGAUAGUCGUCACUGUCUCAUAAAGUUAUGGUAACAAUGCUGUAGAAUAGUAAACAUUGUCAAAUAUGAAAUACACUGUAUAUAUACAUUUCAGUCUUUCUCCUUGAUGUUUUGUAAUACUCUGUUUUUAUUGCCUUGUUAUGUAUAUAUAGAUGUGUGCAAGUCAUCCUGUUAAACCAAUUUGUUCAAGUUUUUAGUUUGAAACAGUCAAUAUUUGUACUUUGGAGUUGAAGGACUUGUUUUGAAGGCUGUGAUCUGUGAAAAUUAAAACCUUUGUUCAGUGCCAUUGGAACAAAUGAAGAAAGUUACAGACUUAUAAUGUGGAAAAGAUAAGACUAUUUUAAGGCAAUUCAAUAAUUAGGAUUAUAUGGUUUUGUGUUCUGUUGGUAGAUAUAUAAGUAGAACAAUACAUCGAUUCAAAUUUAGUCUGAUUAAAAUCAAACCUCUCAUUUCUCCAGGUUCUGAUAUGUCACAUAAAUAAAAUGAAAACAGGUGAGAGGUAUGAAUUUACUUAGACUGAUUUUAGAUGGGAGAUGAUAAAUUUAACUGGUCAAAUAAGCAAGCUACUGGUAGUGCUUUUUGCAUGAUUUAAACCAAUUUUUAGAUGAGCAAUAUAUCAUUGAAGUAGAAGAGGAGAUGGAAAAUUAACAUUACAUUCACAUCAAAGUCCAUGUACGCUUCAUGAAUGCAGAUAUCUGACUGGGCUAUCAUCCACUGGAGUGGUGGAAGUUAUUGAUCUCUUUUGUUUUAUACCAUCAUUGAUUCUUUUAUUAUAUUCUCUAGUGAUGUUGACAUUCAUUGAAAACAGUUAAGAAGUGACUGAAAUAAAAACAUUUGAAUAAGUUGAACAAAAUCUAGUAUUUUAUCAGGGUUUGUGUUUGUUUCAUUCAGUUUGCCGUGAUCAUUUUGGACUUGGUUUCAUUAAAUUGUUCCAUCAAUAUUAAAUCUCGAUUUUUUUUGGCAAGAACAAAGUAGAAAAUAUUAAGGAUUUAUCAUUAUUUGUUGAGUGCUAACUUUCUUAGUAUUGUUGAACCACAAAGUUAAGUGCUCUUUAAUAUACUUUAUAACGUUUUGUUUAUUUCCCGCCCACAUUCACAGUACUUAAACCUGUAUAACUCUAGUAUACAGAAAGCAUGUACUUGGAUUAUUCUGACGUUUUGUUAAAAUUUUAUUCUGAUUUUUCUGCCAUGACUAGAAAUUUUAUUUAUAUAAUGUCUUCCCAACAUAAUUUAGUUGAGUUAGCGGGAUGUCUAUGAACAUAAAGUAUACUAUACAGUUAGGUGUAUCUAAUAUAUUUAUAUAUAAAGUGUAAAGCUUUGUACUGUUUUGUAGUUUUCAAUGUAAAAGUGUAAAAUUUUUAAAAUAUUUAUUUAUUCAACAUAUUCUGAUUCUGUUAUAAACAGUGUACACACUUAAUAAAAAGAUGGAAAUAUUUAGAAAUUCAAUCAUUCUGCAAGUAGAUAUUUUUUUCUUUUUCUUAUCAUCUGACACUCCUGCUUCCUCCACCAAUAAAAACUGACUGCAACAAUAUGCCAAUAGUUCUGUAAGUGGCAUUAAACACCAAUGAUUGAUUAAUCAUUUUUUUCUGCAUAAUGAUUGAUAGUUGUUUUAUUGACAAUCUUCCUGUGUUUUCCAUUUAUCAGUGAUCAACUGAAACUUUUUGAAACAUUUUUUAUCUAGAACCUAAAAAGUUAUGUAUUUGAAAAUUUCAUUCAUCCCAGAGGUACAGGAAAACACUGAUAAAAAGCUGACCAAACUAAACACAUUUAGUGUUUGAGGACAUAUGUAUGGUUGAAGAAAUACUAGUUAUACCAGAACAAAAACAUCAAAUGUUUAUAUUUUCUUGAAGUCUGUAUAUUCUCUCAAUACUGUGACAUUUUGUUAUCAUAAUGUUCUUUUAUUUAAUAUGCAACUCAUUAUUUUAGAGAGAACAUCUUUUUUUCUAUCAUUUAUGUACAUGCAUUUACUUUAAUUCCUGGAGACCUUGUGAUUAAUUGCUUUAUGUGCAAAGCCUUGAAUAAAAUAAACUGAAUGUUGAAAGUA